CAACAGUUUAUGUUUUUUUUCUGAAUAUAAACAUCUAAAAAAUAGGAUCAAAUAAAUACUUUUCUUAAUUGUCUCCAAUAAAUUCAAAAUCUGCCCUCGUGAAAUCAACAUCACGCCAUCAUCUUCUCCUUUAGUGUUUUUCACCAUCUUCCACCUCCAACUUACAUAGACAGCUCCUUUCCACCUGUUUUUCUCUUUUUAUUAUAUUCUCCGACAAAGAGAAAAAGCACAAAACACCCAGAAGAAGAACAUAGUGUUUACAAACUAGUUCUUCUUCUUUCCUCUGUUGUCUGCUUCAAUAGUUAUGGGCUCUUCUUCUUCUAAAUCUUCUAAAACCACUUCGUCUUCUUGUUCCAACUCUUCUUGCUCCGCGUCACAUUCACCACCGGAGAAGAAACUCAACUCAACGACGGUUCCGAGACCUUUCUCAUUCCCUAUGCCGUCGGUUCAUCAUCCACCGGUUAAAAAAGGCGACACGCACCACUUUGUCUCCCUCACGUCCACCACUUACGGUUCUCUUUUACACGGAGAAACAUUGCCUCAUAUCUCUGUUCCCGGUAAGAAGACGGCUAAGCCAGACGAGUCCUUGUCUCCUGACUCAGUGAUCAACACAUGGGAGCUCAUGAACGGUCUCGACGAUGAAGAUUGGAUUCCAUUGCCUUCUAAACCAAAGCAGCCUCUGUGGAAACAUAUGGCUGAAGAAUCUUUUCUCUCUGACUUGGAUCCUAACAUCAUUUCAUCUUACAAGAGAGCUUUGUCUUCUAGACAGCUAGGCAAGAACAUUAAACCAGUCUCUUGCAGCCAGUCUAAUCAAUCGGUUGUCUCUUUGAGUCCAGUGAGUUCUGAGUCUUUGGAAGAGCAAGAGAAACCAAGAUUGUCUGAAACAGAAAAAGACAAAAUAGUAUUGUACUUCACUAGCCUCAGAGGAAUUAGAAAAACUUAUGAGGAUUGUUGCUACGUGAGAACGGUGUUGAGAGGGUUUCAAGUUGCGGUCGAGGAACGUGACAUCUCAAUGGACUCUGAAUAUAGAAAAGAGGUUCAGAUUUUACUCGGCGAAGAGAAACCGGUUUGUUUGCCUCAAGUGUUCAUAAGAGGUAUCCACAUUGGUGGUGUUGAGGAGAUCAAGAAACUCAAUGAUGGAGGUGAAUUGGGAGAGAUGUUAAGAGGGUUUCCUGUUUGUGAAUCAGUGGGAGCUUGUGAGUGCUGUGGGGAUGCAAGGUUUGUUCCGUGUGGUAGUUGUGGUGGUAGUACUAAAGUGUUUGAGGAACAAGAAGAUGGGUUUAAGAGAUGUAGUGGAUGCAAUGAGAAUGGAUUGGUGCGUUGUAACGAAUGUUGUCUCUAGUGAUUGGAUUUUUUUUUUGUUAUUGUUGUUGAUGUGAAGAGAAGAAAAAUGUUUAGAGGUAUACUUGUGAGUUGAGAUAUGCUUUGGUUGGUUGUGUUCUUUUGAAUGAAUUGGUUGUGUUUUUGUACAUUGAUAUAGGAAAUGGUUUUAAGGCUCAAAUCUAUUUUUUUU